CCUCGUCCCGGUGUCACCGGAGGGGGGUUCGGUUGGGUUCGACCCCCGGUGUCACCGGUAGAUCCGUGAAACACCGACAAACCACGAUGCACGGGUGGGGUUUACCGGCAGCCCUACGGAACCACCGAAGUUUCUCCGGUGCUCCCGCCCCUUCCGUACGCACCGGGCUGGCCGUUGCCAUGACAACCCCUAAAACCGAACCCCCGCUACCGGCGGCGGGGGCCGAACCGCGGAGGAUCCACCGUGAGCGAUGGAGCUUCGGGCCCCGCAGCCACCGGGAGGCACCGGGGGAGGCACCGGGGGAUGCUGAGGGGGCCGCCGGUGGAUGAGGAGGGAGCGCUGUGAGCCCGGCCCGUGACUCUCCUGCCAGGGCCCCGGGCGGGCGGGCGCGGAGCGGAGCCCGGUGCCGGUGCCGGUGCCGGUGCGGGAGCGGAGCGGGCGCGGGCCGCCCGCCGCGGCGCACGGAGCAUGCCUCUGAGCCCCGCGGGCAGCAAGCAUGACAACCCCGAAUCGCCGCCACCGGAGCCGCCACCGGAGCGCCAACCCCGCGGCAGCGGCGAGCCGAGCCCCGGUCUGCGGGAGGAACCGCGCCUGGAACCGGCCCGGGGCCCCGGUGGGCCCCGCUCGCCCAAGCUGGCGGCCCCGGUGCGCAUGGAGGAACCGGCACCCGGCGCCAUCGUGGUGCGCAUCGGCAUCCCCGACCUGCAGCAGACGAAGUGUCUGCGGCUGAACCCCGACGUGCCGGUGUGGGUGUCCAAGCAGCGCAUCCUGUGCACGCUGAACCACAGCCUGAAGGACGUGCUCAACUACGGCCUCUUCCAGCCCGCCUGCAACGGCCGCGCCGGCAAGUUCCUGGACGAGGAGCGGCUGCUGCGGGAAUAUCCCCCGAGCCCCGACACCCCCCUGCCCUACCUGGAGUUCCGCUACAAGCGCCGCGUGUAUUCCCAGCCGCUGCUGGACGACAAACAGUUCGCCAAACUGCACACCAAGGCGAAUCUGAAGAAAUUCAUGGAAUACGUGCAGAUGCUGAACUCGGAGAAGGUUUGCCGGCUGCUGGAAAAGGGGCUGGAUCCCAACUUCCAUGAUCCCGACACCGGAGAGUGCCCGCUGACGGCGGCGGCGCAGCUCGAGCUCAGCUCCGAGAUGAUCAAAGCGCUCCGGAACGGCGGAGCCCACCUGGAUUUCCGGACCCGCGAGGGAAUGACGGCGCUGCACAAAGCCGUGAGGUGUCGGAAUCACGCGGCCCUGCUGACGCUGCUGGAUCUGGGAGCGUCCCCGGACUACAAGGACAGCCGGGGGCUGACCCCGCUGUACCACAGCGCCAUGGUGGGCGGGGACCCCUACUGCUGCGAGCUGCUGCUGCACGACCACGCCCGCCUGGGCUGCGUGGACGAGAACGGCUGGCAGGAGAUCCACCAGGCUUGUCGCUACGGACACGUGCAGCACCUGGAGCACCUCCUGUUCUACGGAGCGGACAUGACGGCGCAGAACGCCUCAGGAAACACCGCCCUGCACAUCUGCGCCCUCUACAACCAGGAAAGCUGUGCGCGGGUUCUCCUCUUCCGAGGCGCCAGCAAGGAAAUCCGGAAUUACAACAGCCAGACGGCAUUCCAGGUGGCCAUCAUUGCAGGGAAUUUUGAGCUGGCGGAAAUCAUCAAAACCCACAAAGAGUCCGAUGUUGUGCCUUUCCGAGAAACUCCCAGCUACACCAAGCGCCGCCGGCUCCUCGGCUCCGGCGGGUUGGCGUCACCGCGCGUCCUCCAGCGCUCGGCCAGCGACAACAACCUGAAGGCCGAGAGCCGCUCCUCGUAUUCCCCGGUGCCGUCCCUCCGGAGCCUCCCGCCGCAGCUCCUGGUCCAGAUGCAGGAAGCGGCCGCCGGGAUCGCGGCCUCCGGAAUGGGGACCGGAGACGGGAGCUUGGCCAGCUCGGGAAGCGCCCGCAGCGCCCACAGCCGCUCGCCCUCGCUGCAGCGCGUGCAGGAGGAGAGGGAGGCCGAGGUGCCCUCGCUGCGCCGGAGCAGCCGCGGGAAAGCCAGGUGUGGGAUCGGGAAUGGGAUCCCGCGGUUCGGGCUGGGGGCGGGAGGGGUUGGAGAUGGGAAUGGGAUCCCGCGGAUAGGGUUGGGGUGUGGGAGGGGUUGGAGAUGGGAAUGGAUCCCGUGGAUUGUGUUGGGAUGUGGGAGGGGAUGA